AACCAAAAGUUGCAUGAAAUAUUUUCUUCGGAGCUUCCUGCUGAAUUAUCAAGAGAAACCAACGAGGAAUUAUUCCAAAUAUUUGGUUGUGGGCUUAUAAGAGGAGUUAUUCCCAUAAGAGAGAUAACAAAGAACAGAUUCUCUUUUCUGUAAGGGACACUGGGACUUUUCUUAAGGCUUUUAAACAACGAUCUUCAGGGAAAAAGGUUAAAGGGAAGAACUCAUUAAAUGGAUAGAUUCCAUAAAAGGAUUGGAUUGAGUUUGAGUCUUUUAGCCCUUCUGGCAGGUCCUGGGUUUAGCAACUAUAUAAUAGAAGGCCCCCAAAAUGUAACCAUUCUAGCUGGGUCAGAUGCCCGAUUUAAUUGCACGGUGUCAGAAGGGUGGGAAAUUAUAAUAUGGCUUUUCGAUGGAAACCCCAAGUUGUCUGUACUGAAUAAUGGAAGAAUUAUUAGACCAGAUAAUAGAUACAAUCAACAUGGUUAUAAAAAUGGUGCCGUAUUUACGUCAGAGCUGAUCAUUUAUGAUGUCCAACUGAAUGAUUCUGGACAAAUAAAAUGCAGUAUCCAGAAUGAAGAUGACAAUAACUAUGCAUUUCUUUCUGUUCAAGUUAAUGGAUCUUUGAAUAUCAAAGAUAGGAACUUCACAGUAAGAAAAAACCAAACAAUUCAAAUAGUUUGUGAAGCUCUUCAAUGGGUUCCUGCUCCACACAUUUUCUGGAUGGAAAAUAAUAUUUCAUUAGAUAAUUCAAUGUAUAUUACGAACAAGCAUCAAGGAUUGAAUGGCUUGUACAAUGAAGAGAGCACCUUAACUCUGACACCAAUGAUGAAUGUAACUGUGACGUGCUUAGCUGCCAUAAAUGCACUCUCUAAACCUCAGUAUGCAACUGUGAGUCUUACUAUGAAUGAACCUCUUACAAUAGAAUCUGGUACAAAUGAAGAUUGGCGAACCCGAACUAUAAUUUUAGCAGUUGUGUUGUCAGUCGUGGGUUUAAUCCUUCUGAUCGUUAUUAUUCUGCUUAUUAUAUGCUGCUGCAAAAGAAGGAAAGAGUCCAACUAUCAAAAGGAACUGAGAAAAGUUUCAGAGAAGAAACCCCCUGACAGAAAUUUGGAGACAAUGAGUCACAGUGGAAAGGAUAAUUAUGGCUACAGUCCAGAGGAACAAAAGCAUGCUGAGGAAAUGACAAGAGAUCCUACUUGCUUUCCAGCUAACUCUAACAUUUAUAGUCCGAAACAAGAUUUAAAAGUGAGCCCUCCAUCAGAGAUCUCAUCACAGUUUUCUAGUUCAUCACAGUCUCUUCAACGUAUCUCCCCUGUCCUGUCCUUGGAUCACGUUAAUCAAUGUUCACAAAAAGGCACAACACAGCAAUCCAGGAGGGUCCUAUUCAGGAUUGCCUCCUCCAGAAUUCACAAAUCCAGGGCUCGUCAGCAACUAUAUAGUUCAAAGCGGCACCCUCACAUUCAGCAAUCUGAUGGCAAACAUCACUACACCAGCAAGCUGUAUCCCCAAAGGCAGCAAUCCAUUGGUCAGCGUGCAUACACUGGGAGGCUAGCUCACCAACCUGAGCAACCAAAGGCUCAAGAUCCUCAACGCCCCGUCCAUCAAAACAGAAAGCAGCAUAUGUAUUCCAGAAUGCAACAAAAGAAGAGUCACCAUCAACAAAUCCGGGCCCAGUCGCAAGAAGAGAAGGUCCAAACAUUCCAGAGAAAGCUCAUUUAUUCCCGCCCCAAGACAAGAGCCCUCAGAGCUCAGCCUCCUUCAUAAAGA